AUGUUGUUGUUUUUUUUAAAGGAUUAACAUGUUAUUUUAGCAAGCUAAAUAAUAUAAAUGUAGGUCUUUUUUUUUUACUUGUCUAAGCGGCAUAAGAAGAUAAUUGAAGAACAAAUAAGUGUGUUUAUUCGAGUACUGUUACGAUAAGGUACAUUUAAAAAUAUUUUAAGUAUGAAUUCAAGUCUUUUAAAAAAUAGUCUAAAAUUCUUAUAAAGACUAGUCCAUAGUGACUAAAGAGACAAGACUAAGCAUGUCAGCAGCUGUGAGCAGUCUAGUGUUUCAAGGAUUGCUCGUCCUACUGGUCGUUACCCAUGUCCAGUCUCAAAGCCAGCUGUCACUUGCACAGGAUGCUCAGACCAUCAGUGACCUCCAGUACGUCCUGGGCGCCAACUAUAAAAUGUUUGUGGCGGCUUACUGGAGGUAUAUGUCUGGAGGAUGCGACCCCCUCGCCACCAAGCUGUCAACAGAUAUCGCAAACGGCUAUUUAAAAUCAUACUGCCCAUACCUUACACAAUGUCCAGUUGUGUCCAGCAGUCAGUCUUGUAUAGUCCAGCAGUCCGCCACAGCUGUACGCAGAGCAUGUUGUAAAGAAUCGACAUGUAGUUAUGGGUUGGCUUUUCCAUCUGAAAAAAUCAUUGGUGGUCAGCCUGCGGUCAUCGGAGAAUUCCCUUGGACUGCGAUGCUUUUGUUGGACGGUAGAUUGGUUUGCGCUUGCGUGAUUCUGGACGACAGACACGCCAUCACAGCUGCCCAUUGCUUAAGCAGAUUAGUUGGCGGAGAGACGAUUGAGGUUCUGGCUGGAAGAUAUCAGUAUAACCUGACCUUAAAUGAAGAGGGAAACCAGCGUGUCAAGGUCAUCUCAUACAAGCAGCAUGAAUUCUACGACUACAGAUAUUUAUACAAUGACGUGGCUAUGCUCACCUUGUCUACCCCACUACUCUUCACUGCAUUCGUCACUCCAGCGUGCCUACCUCCAAGAGGAGACAACCCAGAACUAAGCUGCACCGUAGCUGGAUGGGGAACUAAUAGUAGUAGGCUUAUCCUGGCGCCUCAAGUAUUGAUGAAAGUCAACCUACAGACUUACAACAAAACGGAGUGUUUCAAUACUUUUAAGGACACCUCACAACCACUGGGCAGUCUGGGGCUUUACCUGACCGAUGGAAAUCUCUGUGCGGCUAACGGCCUGCUGGGGGGCAAGGAUUCUUGCUCGGGAGACUCUGGUGGUCCACUUAUGUGCUUGAAAAAGUCACCUGACAACGUCUUAAGAUACUACGUCUUCGGGAUUGUAUCAGGGGCGUCUGAUUGUGCCAGACCUGGAGAGCCUGGACUCUACUCCAACCUUCUCUACUACAUGGACUGGAUUGAAACCAAUUUGAGGUCCAGCUAGACUGUCCAGUGUCCAGUGUCAAGUGAACAGAUUCUAAAACUCAAAAACAUAGAUACACUGCUGCAGGGGUGAACGAAUCUAAAAGCAAAGAAAUUAUGAUUUGAAAAGUUAAAGGAGAAACGUGA